UUCGCCGGCUACUCAGUUCCGGCUCCUAGCAAUGUGGAACUACAAGUCCCAGAAUCCUCUGAGAAAGCCGUAGUCAAGUUGCCGGUGGAAUUGGCCCAGGAUGACAGCUGGAGAAUGGAGUCAGUUAUGUCCAAGUAUGAAAACCAGAUUACUAUUUUCACUGACUACCUAGAAGAAUUCCCGGAUACAGAUGAGCUGGUAUGGAUCUUGGGGAAGCAGCAUCUUCUUAAGACAGAAAAAUCUAAGCUGUUGUCUGAUAUAAGUGCUCGUCUAUGGUUUACAUACAGAAGGAAAUUUUCACCGAUUGGGGGAACAGGCCCUUCAUCUGAUGCCGGCUGGGGAUGUAUGCUGCGCUGUGGACAGAUGAUGCUGGCUCAGGCCCUUAUCUGUAGACACUUGGGAAGGGAUUGGAACUGGGAGAAACAAAAAGAACAACCCAAAGAAUACCAAAGGAUUCUGCAGUGUUUCCUAGAUCGAAAGGACUGUUGCUAUUCAAUCCAUCAGAUGGCACAAAUGGGUGUAGGAGAAGGGAAAUCAAUUGGUGAAUGGUUUGGACCAAAUACAGUCGCACAGGUGUUAAAAAAACUCGCUUUAUUUGACGAAUGGAAUUCCUUGGCUGUUUAUGUUUCAAUGGACAACACAGUGGUCAUUGAAGAUAUCAAGAAAAUGUGCUGUGUCCUUCCCGUGGGUGCUGACACAGUUGAUGAGAGCCCUCCUGAUUCUCUGACCGCUUCCCAUCAGAGUCAAGGCCCCUCUGCCCCGUGCCCAGCUUGGAAACCCCUGCUGCUCAUCGUGCCCCUUCGCCUGGGCAUAAACCAAAUCAAUCCUGUGUAUAUUGAAGCAUUCAAAGAGUGUUUUAAGAUGCCACAGUCUUUAGGGGCUUUAGGAGGAAAGCCAAAUAACGCCUAUUAUUUCAUAGGAUUCUUAGGUGAUGAGCUGAUUUUCUUGGACCCUCACACCACCCAGACCUUUGUUGACACUUCUGAAGAGAGUGGACUAGUAGAUGAUCAGACUUUCCAUUGCCUGCAGUCUCCACAGCGAAUGAGUAUCCUGAACUUGGAUCCAUCUGUGGCCUUGGGGUUUUUCUGCAAAGAAGAAAAAGACUUUGAUAAUUGGUGUAGCCUUGUCCAGAAGGAAAUUCUAAAGGAGAAUUUGAGGAUGUUUGAAUUAGUUCAGAAACACCCAGCACACUGGCCUCCCUUUGUACCUCCAGCCAAGCCAGAAGUGACAACCACAGGCGCAGAAUUCAUAGACUCUACUGAGCACCUGGAGGACUUUGACCUGGAGGAAGAUUUUGAGAUUCUGAGUGUGUAAGAUAGUGAGAACUCAAUGUGAAGGUCUUCUGCCUUCCAUCCGGCACCACAAGAACUUGUUACAUAAAACUUUUCUGGUCAGCAAGUGCCUAAUAUGCCAACAGCAUACAAACUCAAUAGCAAUUAUGACUGAGCCAAUUAUGGUUUUUCAGAAAUUAAAAAAAAAAGAUCAGUGGCAUCAACCCUUCCCUGAAAAGAAAGAGAAAAUCAUAGAGUCUAGGAGAAGGAUUCGGAAUCCAUUGCCUCCAGCUUGUCUUGCAUGGGGACAGCAAGUCUUCCGCAGCUGGAAUGGGAGCAUUUGGGAGACAGACAGCAGCUUCCGUGUUGCUGCAAGUACCAGAGGGUGAGAGAUGGUUCUGCUGUUCUUCAUCCUUUCAGGUGUGACCUCUUUGGGGAUAAGUACUAAGAAGAAGUCUGUUUUCUUGCUCAAAUAAUAAAAUAAACGAAUCAGGGAGAAA